UUUAUUAUUUGUUUUAUUUUAUUUUCGACAAAAAAAUGAAACGUUUGAAAUAUUGAAGCAAAAUGAAUUGAGUUUAGCCCUUUUAUUGCUUGGAUAUCAAUUAAAUGUCUAUCUCUCUAGUCGUACUAAGACUAGAGCUGGCUGAUGAAUACGAUUGUCCAGAUGACUUCGAGUUCUGUGCUUUAGAUUUUAAGAUAAAAAAGAAAAUGUCAUCAGCUGGAACCCCCAAAAAUGAAGAAAUAUCUCAAAGCAGUUCAGCUGAAUCAUCUCCAAGAUCUACAGAGGAGGAAACUAAGACCAACAAAUCAGAGGCAUUUAAUCCUAAAGACAUAAAACUAAACCAAGGACAAAGAGAACUAGGAGAACUGUCUAUAGAAACCCUUAAAAGAGAAUCGGAAGCGACAAAUAAUGAUGGAGACAAAGAGGAUACUGAGGAUAGAGUAACCAAAGCAGAUGAAACAUCCCAAUGGAUGGGGAGGAUUGGAUUCUUCUCUGGCAAUCCAACGGUGGAGACUGUCAAAGGAAUUCUCCAUAUCUACAAAAGCAAUGAGAUGACAUCACUCACCAAAGGAAUUUCCAGAAGUCAGACCAUCUGUAUGCUUGCAGUCCCAGCAAAGCUCGCAUGUAUUGACCUUUUACAGUUCGUGGCUCCCUCAGAAGAGUUCAUACAACAUAUUAAGAUCAUCAGAGAUGCCACACCAAACCAGUACAUGGCUUUAAUCAAGUUUAAAAACCAGGAAUUAGCAGAUGAAUUUUACAACACUUACAAUGGCCACCAAUACAAUUCACUUGAAGAAGAGGUCUGCCAUCUUGUCUAUGUAGCAAAAGUAGAAGUCUUGAAGUCUUCACAGGGAGCAAGUUUACCAUGCUCUGGUCUUACAGAAUUGCCAAAGUGUCCAGUUUGCUUGGAACGAAUGGAUGAAUCAGUUGAAGGAGUUCUUACAAUCCUCUGUAACCACUCAUUUCAUGGGAGCUGUUUAUCCAAGUGGUCAGACACAAGCUGUCCAGUGUGCAGAUAUGUCCAAACCCCUGAACCAACCAGCGAGAACAGGUGCUUAACAUGUGAUUCAACAGAGAACUUGUGGAUUUGCUUGAUAUGUGGUCAUGUGGGAUGUGGACGUUAUGCUGGUUGCCAUGCGUACAGGCAUUAUGAGAAAACCCAACAUACGUACUCGUUAGAGCUGGGAACGCAGCGUGUUUGGGAUUAUACCGGAGACAAUUACGUUCAUCGGUUAAUCCAAAACAAGACAGACGGUAAGCUUGUGGAGUAUGGGCCCGCGCAAGGUCAGCUGGGCGAUGAAGAAAAGUUGGAUUCACUUACGCUUGAGUACACGUACCUUCUGACCAAUCAACUCGAGAACCAGAGAAUGUACUUCCAAGAGAAGAUCACCCGUGUGGAGACCGAGGCAGCGGAACAGGUUAAAGAAAUGGAAGAACGUUCCAAGAAAACUCUGGAAGAAGUUCAGCGACUUGAAAAAAAACUUGCCGACUCGGAAAAAGAAAAGAAAAACCUUGAGAAGAAAUACACCCAGGUUGUUUCUAAGGUGGGGAAGCUUGUGAGUGAAUUGAAAGAAGAAAAAGAGCUGAAUCAAUGUCUUCGUGAUAACCAAAAACUAUGGAACGAAAAAGUGUCGCAGGUGGAAAAGAAACUAGAGGAAACAGAGACCAAAUAUAAGACGGAGGUUAGUGAUCUACAGGAGCAAGUAAAUGAUCUGAUGAGACACUUCGAGACACAGCAAGCCAUCGCGUGCGCACCCGAUGAUACUAGACAGGAACUCCAGGAAGGACAACUGUUGGUCGGGGAAUCUCAAACGCAGCAACCUAAAUCGAGACGAAAAAGAAGAUAACAGGCCAGAACGAACAAACACCGCAAACAUUAAACCCGUGUGGAAAAACUGAUAUUAAAACUAGAUAGUGCUAAAUAAAUACUGCUAAAUCGUUCGUUUUUGUAGUAGAGUGCAUACGAUAUAUCCGUAAAAACGUUAACUAACCACAUUGUACAAUAUUGUCAAGUGUAUGCUACAAAUUAUAAAUUAGUGCAAAGUUUUGUAGGUCUACAAGUUUACUAACUUGUGCAAUUUUUUAGAAAGUUUUUCACGAAUACAUAGUAUGCACUCUAUAUUUUAGCAUUAUUUGCUUAAAACGAUCGAUCGUCGAUACGAACAUGAAGUAAAAUAUAAAUUACAUCUCAUUAUUAAAUUACAGAGUUCCGCAGAUCUAGAUUGACACAGGUUGUUUAUUUUUCGAAAGACUGUUUAAUUUGUAUAUAAUAUUUAAAAAUGAAAUCAGAGAAGCAUUAACAACACAAAAACAGCGACAAAGAUAAAUACAAAAUGUUAAUUAAUGAAUUUCAGAACUACACUCGUCUCUAAGUCUUGAGAACUACAGUUUUAGUAUGCCUCUUAAAACUGUACGGUAAGCAAAUUGACUAUACUUUCAGCCAAUCACUGCACACAACAUCAGUGAUCAUACAAUACGGUAGGCACGCCUUAACAGCGAGUCCUUUGCAAUGAUACGAGAAGCUAAAUUGGACUGAAAGUUUAUCGUGUGUUAGGUAGCACCACGCUAUAGUUGCUUAGCAAUAACACAAAACAAUGUAAUGUUCAAUGGCAAUAAAACUUACUACUUGGUAAAAAA